AUGCUGAUCUUGCACCUAUUGGCAUAUGCCACUAAAACAAAAGAAAGAGUUCAAGUUACCACAGGCAGUAUCCUAGCUUUAUUAAGUAUUACCACGCUCUACCUCUUCUCUAAAAUAGCGCUGCAGGAAAUACCAUGUUAUAGCGACCAGCUAAUAAAACAUGCAGAGUAUUCUGUGAAGUGCACUGAGAGUAAAGUAGCUCCUGUGCAAGAGUACAGAGACAGCGAGUACGACGAGUACAACAGCAUUCUACUAACCGGAAGCAGUAGCUCAGCAGAGCUUAUUGCACGAGUCCACAGAACAGCACAGGAAAUGAAAAAUAGAACAAAGGGAUAUGACAUUAAAAUAGGAAAGUGCUCUCUGGCAGACAUGCAGAAAUACUUCCUGGUUCUUGAGAUAGAAGAGAGUGACAACACACUGCUGUACAUUAUAAAUCAGGGGUGGCAGGUGAACUCGGACAUUCUUUCAAUCUUCUGUGACAGGCUGUAUACAGCCCCUAUGACAGGAGUGGCUGAAAGCGCAUUGGUAAAUCUGACAUUUAAUAGGCUAUUCCUUAAAAUCUCGGAAGAUGGGCUGGAGAGCGUGCUGGCAAUUCUACACAAUAUACAUAACCUGUACAGCCACUCUCUUGGAGUAUACUUCUACUGGGUAGUUGAUGAUAGGGCCAUAUUUUUGUCUUCAAAUGUCUUACUUGUUAUUACUAUUGCAGUCUUUUUGAUCUUUUUAGAGUUUGCUACAAUGGGCAGUUUCAGCAUACAGCCAGUCCAAUUUAAAACAGCAGUGCAUGCACUCAUGGCACAGCAGCUAGUAUUUAUGGAUAUAAGUGAAAUAUCCUACUUUGAGAUGUUUAUGGUCUACUCUGUUCUUAUACCCCUUAACUUUCCAUUGGCGAUUCUCCUAGGGAGCUUUAGGAUUUUUCUGUUCUUUUGCACAAUGAUUGGCUGCUUGAGAGACCAAGAUGCUUUUCUUGGGACUUUUAGACUCCUAUAUGAAACAGGCCGUGCAAGGACAGACAGAAAGGUACUUUCAGCAUCUUUCACUACCCACAGACACAGUGAAGGAAAGCAGAUUCCAUAA